GAUUGACCAUUUCUAGUGCUGAUGACAGCGAGCCCACAGUGGCAAUCAUGAGGUGGAGAUCUGCGUUGUGGAGUUUCCUUGUGCUAUCUGUCGCCACUUUCUCUGAGGUCCAAACCACACUGGUUUCCAACCAUGUCAGCAGCAUCUGCAGCACAUGGGGCAGACAUCACUUCAAGACCUUCGAUGGUGAUGUGUACCAGUUUCCCGGCAUGUGUGAAUACAACCUGAUCUCCAACUGCCACGACUCCUAUCAGCUCUUCUCAGUGCACAUAAAGAAAGCAGAAAAGGACGGAAACCCGACCAUCAGCUACUUGGCAAUCACCAUCAAUGAACUUUUGUUUCACAUCAGCAAGAGCUGGGUCACUGUCAACUAUGAGAAAGUCCCUCUACCUUAUUACAAGGCAGGAGUGCAAGUGAAAAAUAAUGCUGCUUACAUCAAGUUUCAGAGCAAAGUUGGAUUCACUGUGAUGUGGAAUGGAGAAGAUGCUGUGAUGGUGGAAAUUGAUGCUGACUUUGCAAACCGAACUUGUGGACUUUGUGGAGACUUCAACGGUGUCCCAGUAUACAAUGAGUUCAUUCUUUAUGAUCGUAAAAUCAGCCCCAUUGAGUUUGGCAACAAAUACAAAGCCCACCACCCAAAUGAUGAGUGCGAGGACCCUUAUGAGGAAGAAUUACUGGAGGAUGUGGCUGUCUCAGAUUCCUGCAAGGAAUUUCUAACUCUCUGCGAAAACAUGUUUUUGUCAGAGUCCUGGAGCUCAUGCACUAAACUGAUUAACCCUGAAGUUUACAUCCAGGCCUGUGUAAAGGACAUGUGUGGCUGCAAGAACAAUACCAAUGACUUCUGUGCCUGCAGCACGCUGUCUGAGUUUUCUCGACAGUGUUCCCAUGCAGGAGGACAGCCUCCCAACUGGAGGACAACUCAGUUCUGUGCCAAAGAAUGCCCUUACAACAUGGUGUAUGAAGAAAGUGGUUCCCAUUGCAUGGAUACUUGCACACAUCAGGACACAAGUUCACUCUGUGAGGACCACAAAAUGGACGGCUGCUUCUGUCCUUCUGGAACGGUGUUUGAUGAUAUUUCUGAGAGAGGCUGUAUUCCUCAGUCUGAAUGUCAGUGCAAGCAUGAUGAAAUCUACAAUACUGGAGAGGUUUACCGACAAGAUCAAGAGGAAUGCACAUGCUUUGAGGGAAUGUGGGAUUGCAUCACUCUAGAAACACCGGCUACAUGUGCAGUUGAACAAGGUUCAUAUUUCACUACUUUUGAUGGGAAAACUUACACUUUCCAUGGGGAUUGUUACUACACUCUGGCAAAGGUGGAAAGCAAGGAUGGAGCGAGCCCAAACUUUACCCUCCUGGCCCAGCUGGUGCCUUGUGCUCACCAACAGUUUGACACAUGUCUGAAGUCUCUUAAAAUCCUGCUAAACAAUGACAGAAAUAGCGUGCUAUCAUUCACCUCUGAUGGUGUAGUUCAACAGAACAUGCAGACUGUCACUUUGCCGUACCAAUCAGGAGACAUCGACAUUUUCCACGCCUCAUCCUUUCACAUCAUGCUGCAGACCAGAUUUGGGUUGCAGAUUCAGAUCCAGCAUGUCCCUCUCAUGCAAAUCUACAUCAGCCUGGAGCAAAGCUUACAGAUCAAAGACACGUGUCAGUGUUUAUGUGGGAACUUCAACAUGAUCUUGAGUGAUGAAAUGAAGACUCCUCAGGGGAUCGUGGAGGGAACUGCAGCGACCUUCAGCAACUCUUGGAAGGCUAACCUCAUGUGCUCAGACACUGAGGAAAGACUUGAUGAUCCAUGUUCCCUCAGUUUGGAAAAUGAGAUGUAUGCCAAACACUGGUGCGCCUUACUUAUGAGUCCAGACAGUGCUUUUGCCCAGUGCCGAUCGGUGGUGGAUCCCGAGAUGUUUCACAAGCGAUGUAUCUACUCCACCUGUAGUUGUGAGAAGAGCGAGGCGUGUUUGUGUGCCGUCUUCUCUUCUUAUGCUCGAGCUUGUGCAGAAAAGGGAGUUUUCCUGACAAACUGGAGAGAGAAUGUGUGUGAUACAGACACAAAGAGCUGCCCAGCAUCUCAGACCUUCUCUUACACACAUCAGAGAUGCCAGCUGACAUGCAGGUCUUUGAGCUCGGAGCAGCAGAGCUGCACCUCGGACUUCUUGCCUGUGGACGGCUGCUCCUGUGCUGAGGGUCUCUACUUGAAUGAAAAUGGCCUUUGUGUUCCAGUGGAAAAAUGUUCCUGCUUCUAUAAUGACAAUUACAUUAAUCCAGGGACAUCCAUCAACAUCAGAGAUGAGCACUGUGUGUGCAAUAAUGGAAUACUUCAUUGUCGUUCUUGGAGAAGCCGCGUGUCAUUGUGUCCUUAUCCAAAAGUUUUUUUCAACUGUUCCUCUGCGACAGCAGGAGAACUUGGACUAAAGUGUGCUAAAGCUUGUUCGAAUCUGGAAAGUGAUGAAUGUGUUUUUACAGAGUGUGAGUCUGGCUGUCGGUGUCCCGAAGGCCUUCUUGAAGACGGCAAAGGGAACUGUGUGAAAGAGGCUGACUGUCCUUGUAAGCAUAACGGACAUAUUUUUGCUCCCGGAGCAGUGAUUCCUAACCUGUGCAAUACCUGCAAUUGUAAAAGUGGAAAAUGGCAGUGCACUGAGAAAAAAUGCCCAGCUUCUUGCAUUAUUUAUGGAAGUGGGCACUACAACACAUUUGAUCAAAGGCCAUAUGGAUUUCAGGGUGAAUGUGGUUACAUCGCUGUCGCGAAUAAAUGUGGCAACAAAACAGCUGAAAACAACUUUGGAGUUAUUACAGAAAAUGUACCCUGUGGCUCUUCGGGAACCACCUGCUCCAAAACUGUCAGAAUUCAACUUGGGCGAACAGAAAUCAAACUAAUGAAGGGUAAAUACGUAGAGGAAGAUCUGGGACAUGGCGUCCUGAUUCAGUACAGAAUAAGGAGGGUCGGCUUGUACCUGGUGGUAGAAUCAAAAAUUGGUCUGGCGGUGAUAUGGGAUCGAAAAACAGCUGUUCGCAUCCUUCUGGAGCCCCAGCACAGCGGUUCAGUGUGUGGCUUGUGUGGAAAUUUUGAUGGAAAUGGACUGAACGACUUCACCACCCAGGGUCAGCUGGUAGUGAGCAACCCUCUAGAGUUUGCAAACAGCUGGAAAGUUCAGAGCACUUGCCCAGAUAAGGAAGAGAUUGUGGAUUCUUGUGUAGCUGCACCGAUGAGACAUCAAUGGGCAAAAAUGAUGUGCAGCAUCGUAACAGGGGAGACAUUCAAAGACUGCCACUCUAAGGUUGAUCCCCGCCCUUUCUAUGAUAACUGUGUGAAAGACUCGUGUGCCUGCGACACUGGAGGAGACUGUGAGUGUUUCUGCUCAGCUGUCGCAGCCUACGCUCAGGCUUGCAAUGAGGCUGGAGUUUGUGUUAGAUGGAGAACCCCAGACAUUUGCCCUGUUUUUUGUGAUUACUAUAACAACCCAGAUGAUUGUACAUGGCACUACAGCCCUUGCCACACACCUUGUUACAAGACCUGUUUGAACCCACAAGGAAUUUGUAACAACCCGAUACCUAAUCUGGAGGGUUGUUAUCCAGUAUGCCCAGAAGAUAAGCCAAUUUUUGAUGAGAAGAAUCAGACCUGUGUGGAAGAAUGUGCCUAUUGCUUGUACAAUGGGACAAUAUAUGAAGAUAAUGAUGUGAUAUACAAUGUCACUGACAACAUGGGAAUGUGCUACUAUGCAAUCUGCAUUAAUACAACUGUGAUACAGCACAAGUCAACUCCAGAGCCAAGCACCACAAACAAAAGCUCCCCCUACGACAACUACAGAGACAACUACAACCACAAAAACUACAACUGCACCUCCCACUACGACAACUACAGAGCCAACAACAACCACAAAAACUACAACUGCACCUCCCACCACAACAACUCCAGAGCCUCCCACAACUACAACUCCCACUACGACAACACCAAAGCCUCCUACAACCACAACUACAACUGCCCCUACGACAACUGCAGAGCCAACAACAACCACAAAAACUACAACUGCACCUCCCACUACGACAACUCCAGAGCCUCCCACAACUACAACUCCCACUACAACAACUCCAAAGCCUCCUACAACCACAACUACAACUCCCCCUACGACAACUACAGAGCCAACAACAACCACAAAAACUACAACUGCACCUCCCACUACAACAACUCCAGAGCCUCCCACAACUACAACUCCCACUACGACAACUCCAAAGCCUCCUACAACUACAACUCCCCCUACGACAACUACAGAGCCUCCCACAACCACAACUACAACUCCCCCUACAACAACUACAGAGUAUCCCACAACCAAAACUACAACUCCCCCUACAACAACUACAGAGUAUCCCACAACCACAACUACAACUCCCACUACGACAACUUCAGAGCCUCCCACAACCACAACCACAACUCCCCCUACAACAACUACAACUGCACCUCCCUCUACCACAACUUCUGUCAUAACUCCAUGCCUUCCAACAACUUAGCCAACAACCACAACUACCACUCCUCCUACGACAACUCCAGAGACAACUACAACCACAACUACCACUCCCCCUACAACAACUACAGAGACAACUACAACCACAACUACAUCUCCCCCUACAACAACUACAGAGUAUCCCACAACCACAACUACAACUCCCACUACGACAACUCCAAAGCCUCCCACAACCACAACUACAACUCCCCCUACGACAACUCUAGAGCCACCAACAACCACAAAAACUACAACUGCACCUCCCACUACGACAACUCCAAAGCCUCCCACAACUACAACUCCCACUACGACAACUCCAAAGCCUCCCACAACCACAACUACAACUCCCCCUACAACAACUCCAGAGACAACUACAACCACAACUACAUCUCCCCCUACAACAACUACAGAGUAUCCCACAACCACAACCACAACUACAACUCCGACUACGACAACUCCAAAGCCUCCCACAACCACAACUACAACUCCCCCUACAACAACUCCAGAGACAACUACAACCACAACUACAACUCCCCCUACGACAACUACAGAGCCAACAACAACCACAAAAACUACAACUGCACCUCCCACUACGACAACUCCAAAGCCUCCCACAACUACAACUCCCACUACGACAACUCCAAAGCCUCCCACAACCACAACUACAACUCCCCCUACAACAACUCCAGAGACAACUACAACCACAACUACAUCUCCCCCUACAACAACUACAGAGUAUCCCACAACCACAACUACAACUCCGACUACGACAACUCCAAAGCCUCCCACAACCACAACUACAACUCCCCCUACAACAACUCCAGAGACAACUACAACCACAACUACAACUCCCCCUACGACAACUACAGAGCCAACAACAACCACAAAAACUACAACUGCACCUCCCACUACGACAACUCCAAAGCCUCCCACAACCACAACUACAACUCCCCCUACAACAACUCCAGAGACAACUACAACCACAACUACAACUCCCACUACGACAACUUCAGAGCCUCCCACAACCACAACUACAUCUCCCCCUACAACAACUACAACUGCACCUCCCUCUACCACAACUUCUGUCAUAACUCCAUGCCUUCCAACAACUUAGCCAACAACCACAACUACCACUCCUCCUACGACAACUCCAGAGACAACUACAACCACAACUACCACUCCCCCUACAACAACUACAGAGACAACUACAACCACAACUACAUCUCCCCCUACAACAACUACAGAGUAUCCCACAACCACAACUACAACUCCCACUACGACAACUCCAAAGCCUCCCACAACCACAACUACAACUCCCACUACGACAACUCCAAAGCCUCCCACAACCACAACUACAACUCCCCCUACAACAACUCCAGAGACAACUACAACCACAACUACAACUCCCCCUACGACAACUCUAGAGCCACCAACAACCACAAAAACUACAACUGCACCUCCCACUACGACAACUCCAAAGCCUCCCACAACUACAACUCCCACUACGACAACUCCAAAGCCUCCCACAACCACAACUACAACUCCCCCUACAACAACUCCAGAGACAACUACAACCACAACUACAUCUCCCCCUACAACAACUACAGAGUAUCCCACAACCACAACCACAACUACAACUCCGACUACGACAACUCCAAAGCCUCCCACAACCACAACUACAACUCCCCCUACAACAACUCCAGAGACAACUACAACCACAACUACAACUCCCCCUACGACAACUACAGAGCCAACAACAACCACAAAAACUACAACUGCACCUCCCACUACGACAACUCCAAAGCCUCCCACAACUACAACUCCCACUACGACAACUCCAAAGCCUCCCACAACCACAACUACAACUCCCCCUACAACAACUCCAGAGACAACUACAACCACAACUACAUCUCCCCCUACAACAACUACAGAGUAUCCCACAACCACAACCACAACUACAACUCCGACUACGACAACUCCAAAGCCUCCCACAACCACAACUACAACUCCCCCUACAACAACUCCAGAGACAACUACAACCACAACUACAACUCCCCCUACGACAACUACAGAGCCAACAACAACCACAAAAACUACAACUGCACCUCCCACUACGACAACUCCAAAGCCUCCCACAACCACAACUACAACUCCCACUACGACAACUCCAGAGACAACUACAACCCAACUACAUCCCCCUACAACAACUACAGACCUCCCACAACCACAACUACAACUCCCCCUACAACAACUCCAGAGACAACUACAACCACAACUACAACUCCCCCUACGACAACUCUAGAGCCACCAACAACCACAAAAAUUACAACUGCACCUCCCACUACGACAACUCCAAAGCCUCCCACAACUACAACUCCCACUACGACAACUCCAAAGCCUCCCACAACCACAACUACAUCUCCCCCUACAACAACUACAGAGUAUCCCACAACCACAACCACAACUACAACUCCGACUACGACAACUCCAAAGCCUCCCACAACCACAACUCCCACUACGACAACUCCAAAGCCUCCCACAACCACAACUACAACUCCCCCUACAACAACUCCAGAGACAACUACAACCACAACUACAUCUCCCCCUACAACAACUACAGAGUAUCCCACAACCACAACUACAACUCCGACUACGACAACUCCAAAGCCUCCCACAACCACAACUCCCACUACAACAACUCCAAAGCCUCCCACAACCACAACUACAACUCCCCCUACAACAACUCCCACUACAACAACUCCAAAAGACAACUACAACCACAACUACAUCUCCCCCUACAACAACUACAGAGUAUCCCACAACCACAACUACAACUCCGACUACGACAACUCCAAAGCCUUCCACAACCACAACUACAACUCCCCCUACGACAACUCCAGAGACAACUACAACAAAAACAACUACAGAGGGAUUACCUCAACCUUGCCACUCAACUCCACAACUACAACUGCCACCCCACUCCCACUCCCACUUCCACACGUUAUUCCUAAGUGUGAUGAUUGGGGUGUUUUUCAAAAUGAGACCUUCUUCUUGUGCAACUGCACUAUGGCCAGAUGCAUUGAGAACAACACAAUUGAAAUAAUUCCAUAUGAGUGUCCACCCCUCCAGAACAUAACUUGUGCCAAUGAAAAGAAACCAGUUCUUGCGUAUGAUGAGUACCACUGCUGCCAACAAUAUGUUUGUGACUGUGUAUGCGAAGGCUGGGGAGAUCCUCAUUACAUCACAUUUGAUGGGUUAUACUACAGUUAUCAAGGAAAUUGUACUUACGUUUUGAUGGAGGAGAUCACACCAAAAUAUCAUUUGAAGAUCUAUGUUGACAAUGUAUUUUGUGAUCCUACUGAAGACGUUUCUUGUCCAAGAUCAAUAAUUAUAGCAUAUGGAUUUCAAGUUGUCACACUCAUCAAUCAUAACCUUGUCGGAGCUCCACAAUUAGAGGUAUUAAAAAGUGGUGAAAAAUUGAAGCUACCCUAUGCACAACAAGGUAUUAAGAUUAUGAGUUCUGGUAUUAACUUGGUUUAUGAGAUCCCUGUGCUAAAUGUGGUAGUUACAUUUGGAAUGACUGGCUUUAGUGUCAACCUGCCAUAUCAGUACUUUGGAAGCAACACAGAGGGUCAUUGUGGGACAUGCACCAACAAUCAGGCCGAUGACUGCAAGUUGCCGACAGGCGAACUGCUGGAAAAUUGUGCAGUGAUGGCAGACUAUUGGCCAGCAAAUGACAUUUAUCAACCUAACUGCCCAACACCACCUGUAGUACCCACUCAAGUUCCUGAACCACCCCUAGAACCAACUCCAUGCAAGCCAGAGUCCAUUUGUGAUCUGCUGAAGAGCAGUGUUUUUGCAGAAUGUCAUCCAUUGGUUUCCCCAGACAAUUUCUACAGAGGUUGUGUUUAUGAUAGUUGCCAUGUUUCGAAUCCUGCAGUAGAGUGCACAAGUUUGCAAACUUAUGCUGCUGCCUGUGCUCAGGCUGGAAUUUGCAUCCACUGGAGAAACCACACCAAAAUAUGUGCUACUGACUGUCCAUCAGACAAAGUUUAUAAACCUUGUGGCCCUGCAGAACAGCCCACUUGUGAAGACAAUGCCGAUGAAUCAGCCACAAAGUUUAUUACUGAGGGCUGCUUCUGUCCUGAUGGAAUGAAACUCUUCAACAAAGAGUCAGGAAUAUGUGUUGAAAAGUGUGGAUGUCUCGAUCCUGAAGGCAUUCCUCGAGAGUUUGAUGAGAGGUUUGAGUACAAAUGCCAGGACUGCAUUUGUGAAGAGUCUACCAAAACUGUGACUUGCAAACCAAAGACUUGCCCAGCACCACCCACUGCUAACUGCACUGAUCCAGGGUUUGUUGUUGUGAACCAAACCAAUCCUGCGGACCCCUGUUGCUAUGCCUACAUUUGUCAAUGCGACAUGAACAGAUGCCCAGGAAACAGCAUGAACUGUCCAGUUGGAUACAAACCAGUCAUCAGUGUUCCAGAGGGAAAAUGCUGUCCAGAACAUACAUGUGAGCCUAAGCGAGUUUGUGUCCACAAGUAUGUUGAAUACCAGCCUGGUUCCUUAGUUCCUGUGACUGCAUGCCAGGACUGUACCUGCAGCAAUGAGGUCGACCCAAAAUCCGGUCUGUUUAAAAUAGUGUGUGUGUUUCAACAAUGUAAUGAAACCUGUGAGCCGGGAUAUGAAUAUGUGGAAACUAACGAUUAUGACUGCUGUGGGAAGUGUGUACAGAAACAAUGUGUCCUGAAUUUAGAUGGUACCAUGCAUCUCUUGAAUGAAGGAGAAACCUGGUCACCGCCUGAAAACUUGUGUGAGCACUACACCUGUAUGAGGAGUGGGGACACACUAGCAGCCCUAAGUUCACACAUCAUUUGCCCAGUUUUCCAAGAGAGUAACUGCCAGCCUGGCACAAUUCAAACAGCUGCAAAUGGGUGCUGUAAAACCUGUGUGGAGAUAAACAAAGCCUGCAAACUGGUGAGCAUGAAAAUUCGAGUUUUGCACCAUGGCUGUCAGUCUAAACACGAAGUGGAAAUACCGUACUGUGAGGGAUCUUGCAACACAUUCACUAAGUACUCCGAAGCGGCAGCUGCUAUGGAACAUUCUUGCUCCUGCUGCAAGGAAACGCGCUCCUCCAAUCGCACCGUUGAUUUGCUGUGCUUGAAUGGAGACAAGCUCACCUACACCUACAUUUAUGUGGAGGAGUGCAGCUGCGGCCAGACAGAGUGCACAACUGCAGGGCUGUCUCCUCGCAGAAAACGAAGUUCCACGCUGCUCUGAGACAGUCGUCUUUCAUAACUAUACUGAAUGUUAGAAGUGUUUUGUCUUGCACCGCUCUAGCAAUGUUAGAAAGUAAUUUACCACUGAAGUGGAAUAUUUAUCAACUAAUCAAAUAAAAAUAUGCAACUCA